GACAAAUUUGACACAAUGAAGGAAGAGCUCGAGGUCACAGCAUCUGUGUGACACAUGUAUAUAUCAUACACGGCCUCAAAUCAUUCCGCGUCGCAUCACAAAGCACACAAGUGGACUUGGGACAGCAGCACCGGCAGCAGCGUACACAGACAGGAAAUUAUGUACGGCUGCACGACAAAAGAUACAUGACUCGGCUUGAUACAUGGAUGCCACGUGGAUGUGUGGCAGAGAGGAUCCCCACCCUCACAGGCACCCAGGCACCCAGGCAGGCCACAAAAAGCAGCAGCAACAUCCUACCUACCAGCCUCUCAUUGCUGGCUGCAUACAUCGGUCAGCUGACAUAGCUACGGAGAGAAAAAGCCUACCGGUGCCCACCACCCGCCGACCACCCUCUCUCUCUACAGUCUGUCUGGGCUCUGCCCAUGCCUACUUGAUGAUUUUGAGCAGCCUGAGCUCUACGUAUCCCGUCUUCUUGGAUAUCUUGCGGACCUCUGGGGGAACGAUUAGGCGUCGCGUCUCGCCCACCUUCAUGCUCGUCAAGGCCUCACGCGACCACCGCCCCAGCGUCGACACCUUCUUCUCCCACCCCCUGCAGACACAACACAAAACACGCACAAGACACAGCAAUGCAGGCAAGCAGGCAGGUACGUAUGACACAGGCUGGUUGGGUGUGGGUGGCUGCGUACUGGUAGUGGAAUGCUUUUGUCUCGCUGUCGAAUGAGUCUGCCCACUCGAUGUAGUCGUACUGGAUGUGGCUGUCGAGCUGCGGCUUGGGGCCGGUGCCCGCCGUCACGAUCUCGUAGCGCACUCCCAGCGGGCUCUCCUCAUACUUGACGCUAUCCAUGUGACACACACACACAGAGGGGAAAGAUUCGACCAUUUCUUCAAUGGGUCUUUUCUUCGGGCGGCUGGCGUACCUGAGAUCGACACCGUACAUGGCGGCGGUUUUGUUGAAGAAGUCCUGCUUGGGGCCGUUGCCCAUCUUGAGCGGCACAGCCACGCAGCCCUGCAGACACUCGUCAGUGACGGCGGCGGCGUGUCGUUUGCGGCGGUGGUAGUCGACCAGUCGACGGAUGUGCUCCUCCGACACGUCCUCAACGGCAGCGGGCCACCUGCAGACACACACAGCGACCAAAGGGGAAACGUCUGUUCCCCGCCCGCCUCGUGUGUGGUGUGUGUGGUGGUCACUUACAGUUGGAAUCUACUUGCCAGUGCGACGUUGCCCAUCUCAGUGAGUGUGGAGUCGGCCGUCAUGAUGACCUUGCCACACACCUCCACCGAGCGAAUGGGAUCGUCGCCACUGACGGGCUUCAGGAAGGCACUCACAGCCUAAAGAGCACACAGACACACAGACACACACUGACAAGGAUCCUUCGCCCUGAUCCCUGCCCCUCUCUGCCCACCGUGACUUCCUUGAUGAGGCCGUCGUACUGGUGCUUCUGUUGCUGCACCUCCUCGUCCACUUUGGCCUUCUCCGCCAUGUAGCCCUUGAGGAACGACUCGACGGUCUUGCAGAACCCCCGCAGCUCAUCCACGCCGCCGGCCGACACCGAGGGCGCCUCGUCGGUGCGGAUGCGCUUGCGGGAGGGCUUCUCGAUGGGCGACAGCAGCCGACGCACCCAGAAGUCAUGAAGACCUGCACACACACAAAGAGGCAGAGGCACAGGCCGUCCACACACACCCAUUGCCCUCUCGUUGCCGUGAGCACCUCUGUAGUUGCGGUUGGCCAUCUCGGUCAUGAGCAGGUCGACGGCCGCCUUGCCGCCCUCAAACAGCGUGUUGCGCACCUUCUCGAACGCCUCGGACUCCAUGUCGAUGAAAAUGCGAUUGUCUGCGUCGCGAAUGAGCCGCCCGUCCCACCGGCCAGAGAACAGGGCCGCCAGCACAGUGCCCUUAAUGCUGGUCAGGUGCUUGCGGCGGACACACGACUGACUCCCGCCGACAUUCAGCAGCAGCAGGUCGUCGCCAGAGGCCGCCGAUCCGUCAGAUGCGCCAUGCUGGGCCAUCGCUUUGGUGAUGUCGUAGGCGUUGUCCUUGCGCCGCUCAUCAAGGGAUUCGAGCAGCGCCACGACGUGGCGGUCGAGCUGCGACGUCGCAUUGACGCGAGUGAGCGGCUCCAUAGUCACAGGAUGAUAAACGCUGACACACACAGAGCAACAGACGACUGAGGGAUGGAUGGAUGGAUACCGGAUGGAUGACACAUUGAAUGGCUGCGUUUCUGACCUGAAGUGGUUGGUUGGUUGGUUGGUUGGUGGCUGGGGAAUUGCC